UUGAGGAUACUCUCUAAUUUGUCGUUUGUAGUGUCAUUUAAUAGUUGUCCUGGAUAAACCCUGAAAUCUGUCACUGUCGAUGCCACGCAGUGACUGACUGGACGCGUUCAGGACCGUAAACCGAUGUGGUUUACAGUGAGAGAACCCCUUCUCGUGUGUUUUGGACCGUUCCUCUACAUCCAUGCGAGGUGGAAGCGGCGCACAGCGCCAGACGGACCAGAGUGGGUUAGUGUGGGUACACAGCGGGGCGCAGGACUCUUUACAGCAACUCUAACACAAAUGGAUAUUUACGUGGCUUUGUUAUCCUUUUUCCUUUUUACCAAACCAGCUUCGGCUUUCGGAUCAGACCAGGACUACCAGAUUGACAUCAUCAAUGAACUUGACCUGGUAAAUGCCACCUAUGGAAUUACCCAAGUGGCAGGGCUUCACAACAGCAGCAAAGCCUUCCUAUUUCGAGAUGUUGGGAGAGCGGUUCAUGCCCCGGCACACAUCACAGAGAAAGUGCUGCAGCUCUUCAGGAGUAAAAGUGAGUUUACCUUCUUGGCCUCCAUCCAGCAGAAGUCCUCCACAUCAGGAGUCAUAUUCUCCAUCCAUGAGUCGGAACACAGUUACUUUGAGCUGGAGAGCAGCGGGUUGAGAGAAGAGAUCCGCUAUCACUACCGCUUCAAAGGCAAGCCACGGUCUGAGUCCUUCCCCUAUCGCCUCGCCGAUGGCCAGUGGCAUAAGAUCGCUCUCACCAUCAGCGCCUCCCACCUUCUGCUGCAUGUCGACUGCAACAGGAUUUAUGAGCGGGUGAUAGACCCUCCUCAGAUGGAGCUCACCCCAGGCAGUGGUGUGUGGCUAGGCCAGCACAGUCACAAGCAUGGCCUGUUCAAGGGCAUUAUCCAGGAUGUGAAGUUGAUUUUUGCGCCCAAUGGCUACAUCAGCCAGUGUCCUAACCUUAAUCGCACUUGUCCGACCUGCAGCGAUUUCCUGAACCUGGUGCAAGGCAUCAUGGAUCUUCAGGAACUGCUGGCCAAGAUGACCUUGAAAUUGAACUAUGCGGAGUCCAGGUUGACCCAGCUGGAGGGCUGUCACUGCGAGAGGACCUGCAGUGCCAAUGGGCUGGUGUACCGGGAUAAGGAGCUGUGGGUAGAGCCUGAGAACUGCAGGAACUGUGCAUGUAAGAAUGGUGUGGUGGAGUGUCGCAGGAUUUUUUGUCCUCCAGCAAACUGCUCAGAAGAUUCGUUGCCUGUACACGUUGAUGGAACAUGCUGCAAAAAAUGCAGACCAAAAUGUACCUACAUGGGCCAGACCUUUUCUGAAGGCCAGCAGUUUUUAUCCAGGAGCUGCAGGGAGUGCAAGAAUGGCCUGAUGGUGAAAGUCACAGAAACCUGUCUGGAGAUCAACUGCACCAUCAGUGAACAGAUCGUACCAGAUGGCAGAUGCUGCAAUGUUUGCAGAGGCUACGACUUCUGCGCAGAGGGACUAAUUUGUGGGGAAAACUCUGAGUGUAAAAACCAGAAUACUAAAGCAGUGUGUGAAUGCAAGAGUGGCUAUGCCUCCAUCCACGGGGAUUCUACUUACUGUGAGGAUAUUGAUGAGUGUGCAACCCAGAUGCAUUACUGCCAGUCGAACACGGUGUGUGUCAACCUGCCUGGCAGUCACCGCUGUGACUGUCUGCCAGGCUUCAUCAGAGUGGACGAAUACUCCUGCACUGAGCAUGACGAGUGUGCCAGCAGCCAAAAUCUGUGUGAUGAGAAUGCCAUCUGCACCAACACCAUCAGAGGACACCUGUGUACUUGUAAGCUGGGCUAUGUGGGCAAUGGCACCAUCUGCAGAGCCUUCUGUGAGGAGGGAUGCCGGAGCGGAGGGACCUGUGUAUCCCCCAACACGUGUGUCUGUCCUUCAGGAUUUACAGGACGCCACUGCGAGACAGAUAUCGAUGAGUGUGCAGAGGGCCUGAUUGAGUGCCACAACCACUCCCGCUGUGUCAACCUGCCCGGCUGGUACCACUGUGAAUGCAGAAGUGGUUUCCAUGACAAUGGCUCCUACUUGCUCGAUGGGAGCUCCUGCAUUGACAUCGACGAGUGCACUUUGCAGACACACACCUGCUGGAAUGACAGUGUCUGUGUGAAUCUCCCAGGAGGCUAUGACUGUGUGUGCACAUCUGGCCCAGGCUGCAGCGGCGACUGCCCACAGGAAAAGGGAAUUAGACGCAAUGGAGAAGACUGGAAGCCCAGCUUUGACCGCUGUGCUAUAUGCUCCUGCAAGGACGGGCAGACGUACUGCAGGAGGAGACCCUGUGACUGCGGAGACCCAGACGAGGAUGUGCUCUGCUGUCCCGGCUGCGACAACAGGCCCAGCAGCCAGUGUCUGGACACACUCUACCGCAGUGGAGCAUCCUGGCUUUAUGGCUGCCAGCAGUGCCGCUGCGUGGAGGGGGAGGUGGACUGCUGGCCUCUGGUUUGCCCUGUGAUGAUGUGCGAAUACACAGCAGUUGCGGAGGGUGAGUGUUGCCCGCGUUGCGUCACUGACCCCUGCCUGGCCGACAACCUGUCAUACGAUAUCCGACAGACGUGCCAUGACCCUGCAGGCAUCACCCGCCUCAGUGGAGACACAUGGCAUAUGUCCAACUCACCCUGCACCACCUGCAAGUGCAAGAAUGGGAAUGUCUGCUGUUCGGUGGAUCUCGACUGCCUUCAAAACAACUAAAGUUCUCCUUCUGUCUUCUCCUCUUCCUAACAUCUUCCUCUCCUCGUAUCACUGUGGGACUGCCACACCCCCUCCUCCAUCUGACACCUCUCCCCUUGGAUUCACAGAACAGACUCGCGCACACACAAGCAUGCCAGCGUGUGCGUAGAAAAUACAAACACACACUGGACAGACUGGGAUGUUGAGGCUGUGCUUUUAUGCCACAACUCUGUCGACUGUGUGUGUGUGUGUGGGUGGGUGGCUCAGGAGGAGGCUGAGGCAAUAGUCGCUCUCUCCACAGUCACUGUGUUGUGUAUGUAUCUUUGUGUUGCUUCUAUUUCACUGCAUCUCGAGGAAAGCUGUUUAGUGUUACGACUCGAACACCAAACCAGAGACAAGCAGCUGAAUGUUAUGAGUUGUCAUAAACAAAAGGUUUCACAGCUGGACAGAUGUUGAGGUGCUCCUGUUCCCUGGGUUGACUGAACGUAGGCUUGGUCACCUACAGGAGGUAGUCACAAAACUUUUAUUGUGGUAAACAAAAGUGAUUCAUUUUCUUUUACUACAAUGCUGUGCUGUACAAAACCUUCUGAAACAGCAGGUAGUUUAAUGUUGACAUAAAACUCUGGAAAGUAAAGAAAAUUUACUUCCACUCUUAUUAAGCAGGUUCACUUUCCAACUUGGUUCCAAAUGCUCUGGUGAAAGGGACGUUUUCAUCGUCCUUUACCAAAUAUGUUUCAUAGUUUACCCUGACACAAACCUUACCCUAGACCUUUAGAAUGCUCUAAUUUGUCUUUGACCUAAGUAAAUUUGAAUAUCAGUGAUGAAAAGAUUUUUCUUCUCUGACAAGUAAAAAAAAUCCAAAUUUAUUCACCUUCAUUUUAACUAUAACUUGUUUCAGUGCAUCUACAGUGGUGCAUAGCUUCUCUUUACAUUCAAUUGUGCCUACAGUAUGCAACAAAACUGAGUACAGCCCUGUGCAAUAUCAUUAAAAUGUUAAAUGACUCAAAACUGCACAGUCAUAUACAGUAUAUAAUUGCAUUAUUUUUUACAAUGAGGUGUAGGGUAUUUGAUUUAAUGUGCAAUUAAACACAAACAAAAUAGCUAGAGUACACUGACAAUAAGACCCCCAAAGUACAACCUCAGCACAAUACAAGUGAGUUUACCUGUGAUCAACAAAAGUGACUGCACCUGUGGUUUCCAGUUGAGGCCAUCUACACCACAGCUUUCUUAAUGUUGACCAGGGUUCUCCCUAAGGCAACAUGGCUCCAUAUUGUAAGGAACUGUCUGAUCAAGUAAGAAAUUAGAUUUUGAGAGUUCAUAAAGCUGCAAAGGGGGUACAAGAGCAUCAGUAGGCUACUAAACAUAAGCCAAAACACAGAAGAGCCAUAUCACCAAGAACAUAAGGAGUAGUGGCUGUCCUCAAAAAAAAUCAUAGCUUUUUAUGCAGCCAUGAGUUGAGACUGAUGAAUGCCUCUGGGAUGGCACAAGAAUUAAAUGGGGAAAUUGGUGUCUCAGUGAUACCAAAGAGUGUGCAUGCAGCCAGCCUCUACAGAUGGUGUCUAAGAAGAAAACCAUUAUUCACAAAAUGUCACAAAACUGCAAGAUAAAACUUUGCAAAAAACAUGAAGGGAAUCCUGGCCAGUAUUGACAGCACAUUCUCUGAUCAAAGAAACCAAAAUAAAUUGGUCUGGAUGAGGCGUUUUUUUUGUGGGCCUGGCCAGGGCUACCACAGUGACUGCGCAGUUCCAACUAUGAAAUAUGGAGCGUGCAGUGUGCUGACGUGAUGCAUGAGUGCAAAAGGUUCACCAGAACUAGAUGGCUGAAUGAAUGAACAGGUGACUCCCAGUCUCAAGGCCUUGGCGGGAAAGGACAUUUUAACAUGACAAUGAUCCUAAUCACAGUGCAAAAAUCACACAUCAAUCACAAAUCAAAGAGUUCUUAAAGAAGAAAACCAUGUCCUGGCCCCCUGAGUAUUUAAAAGAAUAGAGCAGCAAAAAAAAAGUCAUAAAUAUCCUCCAUGCCCAGGAGGACUGAAUCUCUCAUCAAAUAUAAAGAUGGACAUACUGUACAAAAUACAGAAGAAAAUAUAAAUAAAUAAAAGAAUGGAAUCUCACUAAUGGAAGGCACACUACUUUUGUUGAGGUUGUUUUAUGUAUAUGAGCCUUUUGUUAUAGCUUUAAUUAGUCAGUCAUUUCUUUUUAAAAUCAUUUGGCUUGUGCUUUUAGUAAAAUCAAAUACAAUUAUUAAAUUGACAGGAUUUAAAGUACAUACGAUUUUAGUAAUACUGCGGAGUGUACUCAGUUUUGUUGUGCAUUGUAAAUGUUUUAUGGCAUUAUUUGCUGCUCCCAAUUCAGAAACUGCAUUCUGUGAUGUGCAUGUUUCUAGGAGGAGCUGGCAUUGCCUGUCCCACUUUAAAGGAUUCUCCUAACAUGGCUAUGAAUUGCAGCCACCUUUUAACCACAGCAACAUUUUUUUUUGUAUUGCAGGCCUCAGUGCUCCACAGUUCAUUGUGAACUGACCAUUUGUUCAGCUGAACAUUUAAUCGAUUCUCAUCAAAGUCAGAAAAUAGUAAUAUUUAUUGACGCUGAAUAAAAUGUACCAGUUGUCAAUUGUGAUUUGAAGUGGAACAAACUGAAUCUUGGUGUUGUCAUAAGCUGAAAUGCAUUGGUUUCAUAAGUUUGUCUCAAUACUACAAGUGUUGCUGAAGCUUUGAUUUCUGAUAAGUAGCUCCUGAUUGCACUGCUGGUCUCUGUGAGGCUGGACUGUGUCACCUGGAAAAAGAGGUUCAGUCUUGAAGUUUCAGUGUUCUGAACAACAGCAUCUGAAAUCCUUCCCCUUUCCAGCUUUUGGUGGAGGGGGGAGGGGUGUGUAUCUGACACUAUCUGUAGCUCUCUGAAACAGGCAAUCUGACAAGCAUGCCCUCUUCAAAUGGUUGUCCAGGUAUGUGGAGCUGAGAAUGCAUGCAGGGUUUGAGCUUCCCUCUUAAGCUCAGCUACCUGAACUUUUCACCGUUUUCCCCAUUUCUACGAAUCAUGAUGAUGGGAAACUUUCUUUUUGCCUCUCCUUUGAGCAUGGCUAUUUGGAACAGGUAUAAACAUUGCCUUAGUUGUAGUUGGACAAAGUAGUUCAUUUCAAGUUCAGUCUUAAGAUGGGGGAUGGAUCUCAUUCAAAUAAAGAUGCAGGGUCUGAUUUGGGAAAUAUCUGCUGUCUGUCCUGGUGAGCCUGUCUCAGACGCUUUCCCUCAGCUCCACUGUCUUUUCUCUGAGUUUAAUUUCCAGAUAGCUACGUAUAACAACAGGCGUUCUAUCCAAAGUAUGUAAAAGCAGUGUAAUGUUGCACAACUGAUUCCAGUAGGCAGCAACAAGCACCAGUCAUAGCUGGUGAUUAAGUCAGCUGAGCUUGUGAAGGGUUGGACUUCUCUGGUAUCUCUUAGGGCUCCUCAGCACUGAACCAUAUGGCGCGCACACAGAAAGUGGCAGAGUGCGGAUAAUUAAAGCCAUGUCACGCAGCCCGCUAUUUUAGUAUGCCAGGAGGUUACCAAGUGUCGAAUCUGUUUACAGAUGGCCAGGCUUAUUAAGGCAGGAGAGUCUGGUGAUUUUCCUGCCACAGUUCAUACGUUCACAUCGCUGACACUGCUCUGCUCUCCUCGCCUGUCCUCUCCUCUAUUAUCCUCAUGCUUGUCUUGAUAGCACUAAUGAAGAAGCAAGAAAAAGGAAAGAAAGGACAGAGGGGAUUUCUAACAGUCUUAAAAUUUUGUGAAAUGAGCACAAAAUUAGCAAAUUUGUAAACUACAAAAAAAAAAAUCUUGGCAUGCCAGGUUCACCUACUGGUGGGGUCAAAAAGUUAUUUAGUUAACUUUUGUUAUACUUGUUAGCACUUAUCAGUUGAUGUUCAGUAGAAUAAUUGAGUCAAAGAAGGUUAAGAAUAAUCUGUUUCUUAUCAAAACUAGUUCCCACUGUCAAGGUCCUCUCUACAUUUUCUUCCUCUUCUUUGAUUUCUCUGCACACUAUCAGGAUAUUUGCCUGGACUCCUUUCCCUCCUUAAGAAGAAAAAAGGUUACAACAAAACUGAUAACUCCACCACUGAAGCCCUAAAAUAUACUAGCCUUUCCCAUCAAGGUCAGGGUUGAUAAUAAACUUUAAUGACUAAUUCAAACUGCAUGAUUGUUACUAUUUUCUUAUCCUAGAUACAUUUUUUAGACCUCAAACCUUUGUCAUGAGCAGUCGCACCCACUACAACAUAUUUUUUUCAUAUCCCAGAACAAGAUGCUCUUGUAGAUUUAGGAACAGGAGGUGAACAGUAUCAUGUGAGAGCACAAUAAGAAUGUGAAGGCAAGAUGUGAGGAGAACAGAAAAUACACGACUACAGAGAAAUGUAUUGUGUGUUUUUGUUCAAUUUCACAACGGCUGGCUCCAGUCUAGGACUUCUCCAAAUGGAAAAUGUUGUCAUCAAUACACCUCAUCUUCAUUUGUGCAACAGAGUAACAGUCUGUAAAAUUUCUUGAACUGAGAGCAAUACUACAAUUGUGAGGUUUUUAAAAUGUUGUAGUCUGCACUAGCUAUAAUGGGAAAACUCUGAUGUGUUUUAUUUGGAACUGGAUCCGGCGUUAGGGGUGACCUCAGUCUUUGGAGUUGACCAUAAAACACUCUGCCGUUUCCAUCCUGCUGACCUUCUGCUUUUUAAUGUCACACUGGUUCUUGUUCCUGGUUGUUCCUGAUCACUCACAGAAAACGUACAGAAAUAUAUUUUCUGCCCUUUCAUCCACAGGGCACAUUGUUUGGAUUUGAAAACAUAGUGGUCAUUUCACAGACUUUUGGAAAAGGUUGUUUAUCCUCUGGAGGAGACAGUGGAGAGCUUUGAGGUGGAGCCUCCCAGACCGCUCAGCCACAGUAUCUUAUUGUUGUCUUUCUUUGUCAACACACCUAUGUAGUUCUCACCUGAGCAUUUCUCUUUCUACUGUCCCCCAUUUUCACAAUGCCUCUUGUAAAGCUAAAAUUGUCACCUGUGCACAAAGUAUACACACAGAAGAAAAACACGUGAUGUAAAUGGUAUCUGUACCCACAGCAAUCAGAAGCAGACAUUUAUACAAAAGAUUACUGAAAACAAGGUUUUCAGAUUGCUCUGUUGAUUGAUUUGAUAUGAUGACUAUUGUAAAACACUAUUUGCAAGUCUGUGUGUAAAUGUUUUUACAUACUGACAAUGUGAUAAAAUUAUACAGUUUUUUAAUUAUUGUGUUCAUUAAUGACGUGUUAAUUUUAGUGGACUCCUUUCUUUAGUGAGAUAGAUUCUGUUUUGCUGUAAAUACUGUGUAAAGCAAAGGGUUCUGUAAAGACAAUAAGAAACUGUUAAUAAUUCUCACUACCACAGCUUCUUAGGAUCUGUGCAUUGUAAGCCGAGUAUGAGAGAGAAGCGGUAUUUCUAUUGUUUUUACUAUUUAUUUUUCUAUUGUUGCCUUAACCCUUUUAGUAUCUGUCAUAGUUUGUCUUUUCACUGUUGUAGGACAACAUUCUGGACUAGACUAUCCCGUGUGUAUGUACAGAUCUCUGAUCAGUGUCCCUCACUAAAGUGUCAACAGAAGCAGGUUUUGGAAAUCAGAAUGAGCGUAGCCCAGCGUCUGUUCCAGGUGUCGUUGCAAACAGACGGGGACAGACUUUUCAUCGCAUUGACAAGCUAUUUCUUUCCAUUUGUUCUACACACACAUCUGUAUGAAGUGAACUGAAAAAACUCUUCAUGACAACAAGACAAAAUAGAACUAUGUACACAUGUUUGAAAAAAAAUCGAAUGUUGAAAAUGAUAAUGUUGUUCUUGAUUCCGUUCCUACAAAAAAGCGAGCCAUUGUGUAUCUCCUUAAAUGUCUGACUUUUUAAAAGAAGCUGUUUUGGACCUUCUAGAGCCUACUGUACUUGUUCAUGUUUUUGAUAGAGAACUGCUGUGGAGGAAUCCCCCAGGUCUAUUCAUUGUUACUUCUCCAGAUCAAAGUGGCCAACCUAAUUGUACUCAAAGGGUUAAGUGUCAUUUGACUUGCAGACUGUGUCGUGAUAAGAGUUUGCUGUAAAAAAGAAAAAAAAAACAAAGAAAAAAUCUUCAGUUAAUAAAUAUUUUAGU